AUCAUUUUGAAAAAGAAGUAUCGCGAAAAGACGUCGUCUUCGUCGUCGUCGUCGAUUUCGCUUUAAAAAUCAAAACUAACGUGUGCAACCGAGAGCGUUUAGGUUGUUUUUUUCUGCAUCCGAUUAGGGUACGGUGCGCGGAGUUGCGUUGGUUGAUUAGCGAAAAAUCCGUAAGCGGAUCGUGUGUGGCGUUGUUUUGUGCAGCAUCACCUUAGGCGCAGUUAUCCUUUUUCUUCGCGCGAUCUUCCCCAUCAUCGUUGCUGGCAGUGCUUUUGGCUGGGGCGCUUGUUCCCGUGCUGAUUACCGCCCACCCUUCGCAAAAUCCUUUUUUGCAGGGCGAGUUUCUCCCCCUUACGCGAAGCAGGGCAGGCACGCUGCAGUGGCGACCGUAUUGUGCGACGUUUUGUGAGCCAAGGUGAAAUUUUGCGAAGGAAAAGAGUGCAUUGUGGUACGGUGGGUAAAGUACUGUGCUCUUUGUGUGCAGUGCGAGUAAAAUUGUGCAAAAUAAAACCCGUAACGUACACGCGUCACAUCCGAAAGCUAACGGUACGGAAAUUGUGCAAAAGGACAUCGUCGACGAGUCAUCGCCCGUCCGUGUGUACGAAAAUCAAUACCAUCACUCGCGUUGCACCUUUGCCUCCUGUCCAGUGAGGAAAGAACCUGCGCUUGUUGAGGGAAAAAAUCCUCUGCGUUACAUUCGCAUGAUUCACACUUUUCCGUGCAAGUGAAAACGACGACGAUAGCGAAACAUCCGACGGCCAUCAACCGCGCGCGGAAGCAUAAAAGGCGAAGGCGUCACAAUCGAAACGUCCUUUCGUCUGUUGUGUGGAUUCUGUGCCCGCUGGUGUCGCUAGGUGUCUUUCAGCGAUCUUUUUCUGGUUAGGAGGCGCUCUCUCAGUGGCCCUUCAACCGAUCAACGACAAAUCGACGACGAAAUAAACCAAAAAAAAAAAAACACAAAAGAAGAAAAAAAUAAAGAAAACAGAUUAUAAGAGGUGUGUUACACUCGGAAAAAUUUACGACCCUUGUGCAACUGGUGGAAGCGGAUAUACGCCCGAAUGGUGCGUUCAGUUAAUGUGUAAACUUACCGUGCAAAAGGCGAAGCAACAAAAAAGUUUGAAGCGAAACUAGGCGAAGCAAAAUAUUAUCUGAGCGAAAAGCGAUCGAGAGCAGUGAAAGUGUAGUGUGGGAAGAGUGGUGUGAAGCAAGAAAGAAGGUGAUCGAAAGUGAAAAUUUAAUUGAAUUUAGCGAAAAUCUACCCGCUGCCUGUCCCCUUGUCGGACGUGCAUUCGCGGCUCUGCCAACUCGUACGUGCGCGUGUGCGAGAGUGUUGCUCCUGCGUCACCCGCCGGUGUGGAAAAAGCUUGAGGCAGAGAUCAAUCCUAUUUGAUCCCACAUCCUUUAAGCGUUCCCGCAACGGAUCGAUCGACGAGCCGGAAAAAUCUAAACCACCGCCAGCAGGAAGACGGCGGAAGUAUCAACAGCGACAGCGGCAACAACAGCAACAGCACGGAACAGGAGGAGGACGUUAUUUAUCAACAUUCACCAGCAGAUCAAAACAUGAAAAUGGUGUUGUCACAACGGCAGCGCGAGGAGCUUAACCAAGCGAUUGCCGAUUACCUUUCAAGCAAUGGAUAUACAGAUGCCCUGGAGGCCUUCCGGAAGGAGGCGGACAUGCCGAAUGAGAUUGAGCGCAAGUACGGCGGUCUGCUGGAGAAAAAGUGGACCUCCGUGAUCCGGCUGCAGAAGAAGGUAAUGGAGCUGGAAGCGAAGCUGUCCGAGGCAGAGAAAGAGGUGAUCGAGGGCGCCCCAACCAAGGCGAAGCGCACACCGAGCGACUGGAUUCCACGGCCGCCGGAAAAGUUCGCCCUGGCAGGUCACCGGGCCACGGUCACGCGGGUUGUUUUCCAUCCCGUCUUCAGCAUGAUGGUAUCCGCCUCGGAAGAUGCUACGAUCAAGGUGUGGGAUUUCGAGACAGGCGAAUACGAGCGCACGCUUAAGGGCCACACCGAUUCGGUACAGGAUCUGGCGUUCGAUUCACAAGGGAAGCUGCUCGCAUCCUGCAGUUCAGAUUUGUCCAUCAAACUGUGGGAUUUCCAGCAGACGUACGAGUGCGUCAAGACAAUGCACGGACACGACCACAACGUGUCGUCGGUUUCGUUCGUACCGGCGGGCGAUUUUCUGCUCUCUGCGUCCCGUGACAAAACGAUCAAGAUGUGGGAGGUGGCCACCGGGUAUUGCGUGAAGACUUUCACCGGCCACCGGGAGUGGGUGCGCAUGGUGCGGGUAAACGUGGAUGGAUCGUUGAUGGCUUCCUGCUCAAACGACCACUCGGUGCGGGUUUGGCAAACGAACUCCAAGGAGUGUAAGGCUGAACUACGAGAGCACGAAAAUACGGUAGAAUGCAUCGCCUGGGCACCGGAAUCGGCAGCAGCGGCUAUAAAUGAGGCAGCCGGAGCAGACAACAAGAAGGGUGCACAUCAAGGUCCUUUCCUGGCGUCGGGAUCACGAGACAAAACGAUCAGGAUUUGGGAUGUCAGCUCCGGAUUGUGCCUGUUUACGCUGGCCGGCCACGACAACUGGGUGCGUGGUAUCGUGUUCCAUCCCGGUGGCAAGUACAUGAUUUCCGCUAGCGACGACAAAACGCUACGCAUCUGGGAUCUUCGCAACAAACGUUGCAUGAAGACGCUUUACGCGCACUCCCAUUUCUGUACAUCGUUGGAUAUGCAUAAAUCCCAUCCUUACGUCAUAUCCGGCAGCGUGGACACGACGGUUAAAGUAUGGGAGUGCCGCUAAGUCAACCCUGCAACGCCACCACCCACCAACCAACCCCCGAUGUUGGCAGCUUGUUUGGGUCCGGUCGAAUCAUUGGCGCUUUAUUAUCUUUUUUUAAUUACGUUCGCUCUUCGACAAAGCAAAGCAAAUUCUCAACAAACAACACAUGAACGCGGAUGGGAAGAUGAAGCCCCCGAACCAGACGUACACACGCCACGUCAUUGUCAUCCUCAACGGAUCCCUUCACAGGGGAAUGAAUGCAUGCUGGUGGAAAGUAGAUAUCUUUCCUGGGUGGGUUUGGCCAUUUUUGAUUGUCUCCGAGGUUUUAUUCUCCGUGAUUAGCCCUCUAACACGCGUGGAAGCUGGUUGGCCAACGUGACGACAAAAGCGGAAGGCGAAAGAGAGAAAUAGUGUUUUAGUUCAAUGUUAGCAUAUUUGUUCGGUUCGGGUUAGUCACGUCGAUGCAAUGAAAUGAUCGUCGACGGGAGGUUCAACAUAGGCCUUUGCCGGUUGCAGAUUUUCUUCUUCGCAUUGAAUGAAAAAAGAACAAAAAACACACAACUUCUUUCUCGGUCUGUUCAUUAGUAUUCAAAGUGAAACAGAACUAAACAUAAUGCAAAAUCAAAUGAAACUCACCUAGCGAUACACGACACCGCAGCAGAAGGUAACAAAACACAAGUAAUUACAAUAUAAUUAUUAGAGCAAAUUAUACAUAACUAGUAUGUCAGACAUUUGAUAGUUGAGGCAGAAUUGCAGGCACACAACGUGGCGAAGAAGAGGCUGUUAGAAACUUGUCCCCCCUCCUCCGUCAACCAAUCGAAACCGAUGGAUGGCUCGGGGGGGUCAAUGUGUGAUUUCUUGCACUCCUCGCUGUAGGGUAUUGCAACACACAUUCAGGAAACGAUUGAUUGGCCGGGAAAGGAUAAACUGCGCCACCCGUGGUGGAGACGCACGCAGCGAGCAGCAAUUGGAAAAGAAAAUAUUAUGAUUAACAAUAUUGGUAUUAAUUCACGCUAUAGUUGUGAAAGUUUCACAAAAUCAAAUUCGAUCGAACAUGGCGUCGUGGGAGGAACGAGGAAGCAGCGCAAGCAGGAAAAGCGUAUUGUGUGGGAGAAGGAAACGGAUGCGUGAUAAACGAUUCGACGAUGUUGUAAUGCGCAGCAGCACGCUAAGUCAAACUGAAACAGUGCCACCCCGCAACACACCCGCCAGAACCGUGCAAAACGUUUACUCUUCCGUCUGCGAGCUGAACCCGACCGCGCACCCGCGAGCUUUCUCGUUGAUUCUUCUCUGUCUGCCCUGGACGUGGGUUACGCUGGCAUGUUUCGUACGUUGCGUUACAAUUGGAACUGUUCGCAAAGCUAUAGGGAGACGACUUCCGUUUUCCAUUGGCCAGGCAACGUUUGGGCGUUGCUUCAGCGAUGCCAAAAUCCUUUCCCAUCAAAGCUGUCGUAAUUGUGUACCAAAAUUCUCUCUGAAAUACUUUCCUUGUCGCUUCUGCUUCACAUGCACACCGAUCGUAAUGUACAUAUUCAAAUAUUGCCUUGCAAUGUGCAGACCUUUGCGAUUGCUUAUGUCAAGAAAAAUGUUAGUGCAAGCCUAUUUCUAAAUUUCCCGCUUAUAAACAUGUCUUCUCGGCUGAGAGAUAGAAAGACCAUCGUUACAAUACGAAACCAAACGUGUAGUGCGUGUUUCAUUUCGCUUCGGUUUGGCUUACUUUUUUCUUUCGUUUGAUAGUGUUCUGUUAUCAAACCAUCCGAAUUGAGCGAGGCAUUUGUAGAAGUGCAUGGACCCGAAGUGUAACUCGAAGUCCUAAUAUCCUUCCGCUCUUGAACGCGUUGAAGAACUGUCCGAGCCUGUAAGAUUGGCUUUGUUUUGUCGAAAGCUGUUUGUACAUAGUGCGAAUAGUAGCGUUUGAUAAGAUUGUUUUUAGAACGAGCUGAAUGUAAAAUGCUCAAGUCCUUUAGAUUUAAAUGCUGGCGAGAGAGGGCUGCCCUUUACGUUUGUCAUACCGUGAUAGAGAGCGCACUCUGGGCUUAGGCUUGGGAGCUGCGCAAAUGGGCCUGUACACAGCCACACAGGUGCACUCGAAUGCACACCCUCACACACAUCCACAGAGACAGUCCAUAUUGUAUAUAUUGUUAUAGCACACGCAUAACGAAAAACUGCACAGCAUUCCGGGCCUGAAAUGGCAUCGUCACUAUGCGUGUUGUUGAUGCCAUUUUGAGGCCCGGUAGAAUAGUCGUACUCUGGUGCUCGAUAGAACGAUUUUUGGCACACCCCUGGAGCAAGAAGAGACAGCAAGCAGUGUGUGGCGUGUUGGUGGAUGCGAAAAAGCGAAGAAAAACGCGGUUGUCCUGGUCACCGCCGAAGAUGGGAAGACCCUACAGGUCAAGGAUCCUCGUCGGCGCGCAGGACGGAUGCGGUGCGGAAAUGUGCGAGAGUGUGUGUCUUGUUUCAUACUAUUUAAAUUAUUAAACUACUUCUAAUGCCCUCUACAUUAUACACCUACACCCUUCCGCUCCCCUGGCGCGGAAAGUAACAUCGUACGGAAUGUGGUUCGGAACGUGGGGAAGAAAUAGGGAAAGGAGCUGCAAACAAAACAUAAUUACAUCCGCUAAUAUUACUAUUAUUAUGAUUAUCUACUAUAAUUGCUACGAACAUGGCUACCGUUGCGAAUUACUUCUUGGAGCAACGAGCAACAAUAUAAUGUAAAAUGCGAUUAAGAUCAGCCCCGAGAAUGCCCGUGGAUAGGGCGACGGCAUUGAUGCCUUCUACAAAACGCUCAACAAAGCGGCAUUAGAGCAGAAAAUGAGAGCAAUGCAUGGGAAGCGGAAUGUAAAAUGUCCCUGUGCUGGAUUAAAAAGCAAGUGAGAACAUAGUUUCUUCGGACAUCUGAGUUAGAGCCUGGUGAGAAGUUUGAGUGAAAAUGAAUGUGUUCCAUCAUCAAAGAAAAAACGGAAGUAUGCAUGAAAGUAGCAGAGAAUUCGUCGAUGCCAGGUUGACUGAUCUUCACAUGUGAGUGCUUGGCGACCUGGCGAGAUUUGGUUUUAUUUCCGUAAUGGUAAAUAAAAUUGAAAUCCGCAAACACGAAUGGUAAGGACAAGGCGAUGCAAGUAGAUUUCUGGUUUAAAGAAGAAGGACACGCGCUCGGGGAAAGAAAGGGCUACAGUUCUGAAAUAUUCAUAACGAUGAUAUAUAAAAAAACCUAUGCGUAAACGAAACGGGAUUAUAAUUUGAAGAAACAAAAAUAUAUAUACAUAUGAAACACACUGACAGUGAACACGAGAAGAGAGUGCAAAUAUAUUUAAAGUUUUAGUACGUUUUCCUCCUUUUUUGUUAUUGGGUAGCGUUUUAAAGCAUCGCCAAGAAGGUGGGAAAGUUAAUUAAGAGAAGCUUCGCGCGAUCGAGCUAUAAGUUUGGAUUUGUUCUGCAUGUAGAAAGUAUUUUAUUUUCGCUGAACUUUAUAUUGCAAUUAUUUUGUUACGGCAGCGAAGCAUCGUAGAUUGUAGUGGAAUAAAUAAACGAGCCCGUAUAAUUAUCAAAGGAUAAUCUCGAUUAUCGUGGCGCAAGCUCGAUAACCUGAUGGAAGCAUCUCUACUUAUCGCUUCUUUAUAUAUUGGUACCAGCAAUACAGCAAAUCCUUCAAGGAAA